CUGGCACUUUCUCCCUCUCUCUAUCCAUCUCUUUCCUCCCUCUUCUCUACACAACACACAACACUACUAGUAGAGUAUAAUUUACUUCAGCUUCCAAAUUCAGAGAUUGAGUGUGAAAAAUGCUUGUAAUUUUUUCCUGAGAUUCUUAGAUCUUAAUUUCACUAGUGAAUAAGAUUUCUCACUCUAAAUUUUCUCAGUAUGGAUUCUAAUGUUCAUCUUGAUUAUGCUCUGUUUCAACUUACACCAACCAGAACCAGGUGUGAUCUGGUUGUAUUUUCUGGAAAUAAGAAUGAGAAACUUGCAUCGGGAUUAUUAGACCCAUUCAUUUCUCAUCUUAGAUAUGCUAAAGAACAGAUUCCUAAAGGAGGGUAUUCUAUUAAACUAUGUCCACCAUCUUCAAAUUCUUCAUGGUUCUCCAAAGGCACCCUUGAAAGAUUUGUGAGAUUUGUUAGUACUCCUGAAGUUCUAGAGAGGUUUGUUACAAUAGAAGCGGAGAUCUCACAAAUUGAAGUCUCCAUUCAAACCAAUGAGUCUUCAAACACAAAUGAAGGAACUGCAUCGGUGGCUGAUGGCAAUGCCAAGAAAGCAAUUGUCCCUUAUAAGCCAAAAGCUGAAUCUAAUGAGUCCACUGAUGAAGUUGCACAAGGAGAAAACUCUAAGAUUCGUCUACAACGAGUACUAGAGACUCGGAAAAAGGUGCUACGGAAAGAGCAAGCAAUGGCUUAUGCUCGUGCUUUUGUUGCUGGAUUUGAUAUGGAUUGGAUAGAUGAUCUCAUAUUGUUUUCCGAUGCUUUUGGAGCUUUGCGUUUAAGGCAAGCAUGCAAAAAAUUUAUGGAGCUCUGUGAUAAAAAGAACAAUGAUCGUUUAUGGAUGGAUGAAUUAGCAGCAGUGCAAGCUUUCACUCAGCCGGAGCUGCCAUACCUGGCAACAUCUGGAAUCAUACUUGCAGGUGAUGGUGGUCUUUCCAACGGACAACUUGACCCCAAUGGCUCUGUAGAUGCUUCAGUGUCUGAUUCCACCACAAACCAUGCAAGUGCUGACAUGAAUCAAGGUUCAGCGACAGCAAAAGCUCAAGGAACUAUGCCAUGGCCGAACCAUCCUCAGUUCAUGUACAAUUUCCAACACCCAUAUCAAGGAUAUUUCCCUGGUAUGCAGGGUAUUCCUCCUUACUAUCCAGGUAAUAAGCAUUGGUCUCCAAAUGCUGAAGAGUCUGGUCAUGAAUCGGGUAACCGCCGAAAUCGUAAAUCAUCUUCUCGGAGAAAAGAGAAAUCCCGGAAUCAAAACAUAUCUGAACCUUCAGAAGGUGAGGAGACGGAUCCCAGUGACUCCAUGUCAGGAAGCGAGGAAGAGCAUGAAAAGAAACAGUCUUCAACAGACCAAUCUCACAAGAAAAGAAGUGGGAAAAAAUCAAGAACGAUUGUUAUCCGCAACAUAAACUACGUUACUUCGAAGAGGAAUGAUGGGGACAACGAUGACUCUGACGAAUCUUCUUCAGCUGAGGAUGGCAUAGAUGGUGCUUCCCUCAAACAGCAAGUGGAGGAUGCUGUCGGAUCCUUGGAGAAACACCAUAAAUCCCGUCGUUCCAAGAAAAGAAGUGGGAAGAAGAAUCUUACCAACGGUGAAGCUGAUCAGGACCUUGGAGAUGAGUCGGUUGAAAAUAAUCUAGAGGGGGCGAAAACAAAUAAUAACUGGGACUCGUUCCAAAAUCUUCUGAUUGACAAGUUGGCCACAAAUGAGGUAGAAAAACAGCGAACUCUAGAUAUUGGGGAUGAAUGCUUAGCAAUCAAGAGCUUUGAAUCAGGAUCUGAAGUUGUUAUUGGCCAUCAAGUGGAGCCAGAAUCAGAUAAAGGAAGAAGGCAGCAGAUGGUUCCAGAUGAUUCCUUUGUUUUAAAUGAGAGAGAUUCAGGUAAUGGAAGGAGCUCGUACUUGGAAAAUUUCGAAAGUAAUGGAAGUUUUCGUCCAAAUUCUAAUAGAACGGGUUCCACCAAUGAGGAAAUGUUGUUUUCUCAUAGAAUCGAGGAUCCCAAAAUGUAUACCCGCAACACUAUGGCUGAUUCCACUGCUGACCUUUCUGUACUCAAGACUCAAAAAGGAGAAGAUUGGUUUGUUGGUAACCAAACUGAAAAGGCUAUAAGUAGGGGUUCAACCCAAGAGAGCUCCAUCUUCGAUGGUGAUCAGGCCUUGGCAGCACAAAAAUACAAGAGAGAUGAUUUUGUUGAUGAUUCAAUCAUGGUGCAAACUCGAUCAUUUGAUGAUCAGUACGAUUCUCAGUGGAGGACUGAUACGAGCAUGGACCUUACGGUACCUUCUCAAGUUGAAAUGAAUAGUCCAGAAGUUUCCGGAGAAAAACAAGGAGUAUCUGACAAAUACGAGCCCAAUGAUCUCUGCAUGAUGCUUGAACGAGAUACUGGGGUGGAGAGUGUUCGAGCAUCCUGGACUCCUGAAAUUAACUAUGAAGUUGAUAUGUCAUUUACAGAAGCUGACAAACGUAGCUCUGUGGUUGAAAAAUCUGAUGGUAUUGAAGAAAGCCUUUCUUUGAAGAAACAAGAAAAACCCACUAAAAAGGUUCCUGGUAAAGAUAUAAAAUCUAAACCGCGUGCACCUCUUUGGCAAAGUAAACAUGAGGUUUUGUCAAGGCCAAAGAAAACAUCAACGGUAAGCAGAUCAGCAGUUCAAAGGAGUAAAGCAGAGAAGGAAGAAGAGACUCGAAAGAAAAUGGAGGAAUUAGUAAUUGAACGUCAGAAGAGGAUUGCUGAAAGAAGUGCGGCUAGAGGUCUUACCGCAGCUGCAUCUAAACCUUCCGCGGUAGAGAGUAAAUCAGCAGCAACCCAAGAAACAAAAAGAUUGAGUUCGUCUAAACCAGUCAUUUCAAGUUCAACCAUUGAACGCCUAGCAUCUCCACAGGUCAAACAUAAUAAGGUAUCAUCUACUCCUCCACCAAAAUCAACUCAACCUAAAAAACAAAGCUCAAAAGUGAAUGGUGUAGUUCUUACCAACUUAUCACCGAAGAUUUCCAAGGAUGAGAACAAGAAAUUAACUACCUCUGAUAGCUUUACCACCACUGAAGACCAGAAGGAGUCAGGCCAUCCAUUCUCUGCAAUUAUUGGUCAGGAAAAUAUUUCUGAACAAUUUGAUUGCAUAAAGGUGGAAGAUCAUAAAAGAGAAACAUCUAACAUAACACCAGCCCAUCUCGAAGACAAAACUGUAAAUCAACCCUCAGAAACCAAUGGAUCCACCGAAAAACUGGAAUAUCAUUUUGCAUCAGAAACCAAAAAUUCUUUGAAUAAUAGUGCUGUCAACUUUGAGGAGAUUGGAGAAACUAAUCUAACACUUGCAGUUUCAUCUGAAAUUUCAGAAGGAGAAGUAACACAGUAUUCCGUUGAGACAGUUGUAUCUACAACCAAUGGAGUAAACUCAGACUUCACUCUAGACUCGACUCACACCAGAAAGAAAUGGAGCAGUAAUGAAAGCUCUCCUGUUGCAAAAGGUUUGAAGAAACUUCUUCUGUUUGGUCUUAAAAAUGACCUCUCUGCUACCAGUUGAUCAACUGGGGAACUUUUCCUUCAACAUUAUAUAAAAUUCGCAAUUCAAUAAUCGAAGGGGCGGGACUGAGUUCACCUACUGUGUGCUCAGGGUUCCCUAAAUCUGGCACCAACUCUGGCAGUUGGUGUUGGAAGGUGUUCAUUCAAUUAUUUAUUUUUUUUCAUAAGGUCUAGACGUCUUGCCGCCAUUCCAGAUUGUAGAAUAUAUUGCCACUUUGCCAGUUCAACAAUUGCUACCUAGGAAGGUUGCCUGUACACUUUGAACCCCCUGACAUCUUUGUCUUUCAAACUUAGUUUGUAUGUAGUUUCAAAACCUCAGUUUGUAUGUAAUUUAAAGUCAUCAUAAGUUUGUAACAAACAGUUUGUUGUUGUGAUCUAUUCUUUAUAUUGGAGUGAUUCUUUUUGCUAUGAUGUAACUAG